AUGUCACUAUCACUGGCCCCGGCCUAUCCACACAAACAGGCGAGGUGUUACCGCCGCACUUGCGCCAACGCUGCCGAUCUGCAAGGACCUACUGACAACUCUGAAAACUACUCCCCGAAAAUCAACUACCCUAAUGAGGUUGUAUUUCUUCGACCUCUCAACCCUACUUUGCGUACUGCCCACUCAAGACCGUACUGGGCCUACACCAACAAUGAAGCAUGUACAUCUGCAUACUGGUAUGUCGUCUACCGUGAUUAUGUUGACAGCUUACCCCCAUCUGUGACUGCACAAAUCGCAAGCCCCUCGACCUCGACGCUGCACAACUCAUCCCUUUCCCUCUUGACCAUCCCAACCGCCUCUCAUAUUUUCCUCGCACCCCCUCGCACCCGGAACGUAUCCGCACAAUACCUCACAACCCGCCCCCGACCCAUCAAACCCAAUCCCCAGCUUUGUCCCCUGACUUGCCCCUCACUCGUCGUCGGACUCGCUGUCCUCUUGGUGAACAUCGUCCCUGUCCCCCUGCUCGCUCUCUGCAAAGUCCGAGCUGUUGGGGCGGAACACCACCGACUUCCGUCUUUGGCCGCUCUCGACUGCGCCCUCACCUUCGUCCUCCUCCAUCUCAUCAUCGUCCUCCUCCCCACCAUCUCCCAGCACACCGUCGUCCGUGGUUUCGUGCCACCUCUUGCUCUCGGAGCUGGCGUAAAGCCGGAGGACAUUGCCGUCGCUGUCUUCGCCGGUCUCUCUGAGAAGAAGCGAUGGAUGAGGGUGUUCAUAUGA